GGGGUUCGGCGCUCAGUAGGUCAGCGGCACAGCAUCGCCGAGGAGGAAGGCUCGCCCUCGCGCAGCGGCGAGGAGGACGACGCUCGCCUGGCCGCCGGAGCUUCUCCGCGGCCUUCAUUGACGCCGCCGGCACGGACCAUGCGGCCACGAUGAUCCUGCAGAGGAAUGUGUUCAGGCUCGAGCUUCUCGCUCGGGUGCCACCGGCUUCCAAAGCACCGUCAGACGAAGACUGCCUGCACUUGGCCAAGAAGGCGGCCCGCAGCAUCGACGAAGGGCCGCUCUUCCUGCUGCUUGUGGACGGCGCCAAGGUGAAGUCCAAGAGCGAGCAGGCUGCCCAGGUCAGGAACCACGGCACGCUGCUCACUUGCCUGUUCGAUCCUGAGGAACCCCGCGUCGUUACCACCAUCUUCCUCUUGGACGACGACGGCAGUGGCGACAGAAAGAAAGAGGUGGCCGUGUGGCGCGCUGCCACCGAAGAAGAGGCACGUGCGCUGUGCAACUUCAAGGACCCGUUGCCCGAAAACGAGUCGCUCAGCAGUUCGCCCAGUGACACCCUGUCGUCCCUAAAUUCCCUCUCUUCGACGGGCUCUUCGGACAGCCUCAAGACGAGCUCCAGCCGCCAGGUGCUGGUGGCCGCAAGCCGGAGCGGCUCCCGCGACAGGCGAGCCGAUUCCAGGCAGCGCGAAGCGCCAAAGGUGCUACCAUCACCUCCUGGUGAACAGGAACGGUCAGGCCGCAAGUCCGACAGCUCGAGAAAGGAGUCUUCGCGAAAACUACCACACCUGUGGACCGCAGCGGCCAAUUCUCUGAAACGCGCCCCCCAGAUCCUCGUCCGUCCGGCCGGAAAUCAGACCCUCCAACCGGGUCCUUCGUCCUGGAUGCGAUGGUCGCCGCCGCGCGUGCCGGUCAUGUGCUUCCAGCCCUUUGGUCGCCCUCUGGUCAAUCAAGAUGGCAGGGCAUACCAUCCUAACGUGCCCACGCAGUUGCCACACCACGCCAAGGGAAACUCGCGGAACGCGGCCACUCUACUGCACUCACCUCAACGCUCCAUGCUUCGCUCUGGGUCAUUGAGCAGCCAGGAGUCGGGUGGUUCCGAUAAUGAAGGCCAUCACCAAGCGACCGAAUUUGACCACCACUCGAGGCACCGAUCCAAGAAGGUGGUUACGUUCAACUACAUGACGAAAGUGCAGUUCAUGUAGGGGCCUCUGUGCGUGACUGUGCAAAAUGUGUGAGAGUUUGUAAAGGCGUCCGACCUGUGAAGAACUGCGGUUCCUUCUUCGGUGGCUCCGACACACCUCUUCAGUGCAUCUGCUUUAGCUGCGGCAGAUUCGCACUGCGCCGCUGAUGUCGAUGUGCGGCGACGCGGCCGGCUACCCAGCGGUCAGCGCAUUCAGCCUUCAAGCUCCGCCAGCUGCGUGGACCCGACCGACGGAUUCUCCAAAUCUUCCACGGACAGUUUGGAAGAUUACGGAAGAAGCAGGAUUUCUUCGGCCAAGUUACGCAGACUGUCGCGUGCAUUGAUACGCGAGCAGAUAUUCAAGAUCGUGGAUACUGACAUCUAACGGUAGACGCUCAUCCGGCUUUUGCGCUUGGAUAGCACGAAACGUAGCUUCGGAAAUGACGCACUGGACCGCAGUGGCCUACGCAGGACGGCGCAGUACAGUGUGAAACCCAGUAAGUCUCCCCAUCUUUUACAAUUGCAUCAGACUAGCUUCCGCAGUUACCACGCGUAAGAAGAAUGGCAAACGCAUUUGCUAUUGUUCUUGCAAGGUGGUAGAAUUCGAUUUAUUACAUACGCUGCUGUUCUUCGUGCGAAUGAACGGCAAUAAGUGGAUUAGGUGGCAACAACACCCCCCCCCCCUCAGCCAACUGUGAACGCACGCUGACAACAUUAAGAAGCGUGUCUGGCUGCGUUUCGGAUAUGUAGUUCGCAAAGACCCUGCGUACGCCACUUAAAAGUGAAUAUGAAUGACAGUCCACAUUCCAUUCAUGUUUCAUUUCUUUGUACUUUUAAGGGGAAGGCGCACAUACGCGCUAAGCACUUUUUUACGCCCAAAAUUUUUAGUGUUAUCCCGGGCUGAAAACCCUCUCGUUUCACUGACAACUGCCUUAGAGCAUGAAAAAUUAGAUUGUUAACUACUAAUUAAAUGCGCAGCCCCUUGCUGAUCUAUUCAUGAGUCGCGGUGUGUUUCUUGUUUGGCAUAAACAUCGAGAAGCUCGCGGUUGUGUGCGAGCACCCAUUCAUGUCAAAUCUUAACUUAAGUGUGGCACACAGCGGAAAAAGAUGAGUUGCGUCGACUCGAUGCCCGUUUUGUGCAACAUUGUGUGGCACGAGCUUGUUACAGAGCGUUACAAACAUGGGACCACACUGCAAAGAAAAAAAAAAGUAGCCUAGUGCGUAUUGCGCCCCAUUUUCGUCAAUCACAUCAAGCUUAGAAAUACACGGCAGUAUAGGUCACCUGUGUUCCUCUUUGUACAUACGUCAGUUCUGCCUCCCAAUUGGCCACGCCAAGCCACGUUCGAUCCUAUAUGGCGGAGUAUAGGAGCUAGAAAACGUCCAAGUGAGCGCUGAUCUUUCCAAAAUUCAGUGCGCCUCGACGUCGCCUAAGGCGUCGCAGUGAACGUGACGUGCUAUCGAAGCAAAUUAAGAUGACCGUGGUUACUCUAAACAUCACGUCAUUUCACCCUGUAUAAAAACUGUAGCUAAAGGUAUUCAAUAAAGUUUAUCGCUUCGAGAGA